GGGGUGUCUGGGAAGAGACAUGCAUGAGACAGAAGCGAGGGGAAGCAGGAAGCUCACGGCACGGUCUCACCCUGUCCCACGUCUCCCUGUGUCCACAGGCCCUUCUCCUCCUGGGGCUGAACGCCAUCUCCGCCUCCUUCCAGGACCAGCCCUGCGAGAGCCUGUCCCUGGCCAGCAAUAUCUCUGGACUGCAAUGCAAUGCAUCCGUGGACCUCAUUGGCACCUGCUGGCCCCGGAGCCCUGCGGGGCAGCUGGUGGUUCGACCCUGCCCUGCCUAUUUCUACGGUGUCCGCUACAACACCACAAGUAAGGAAGCCUCUGGAGGGCGGACCAUCUGCCGAGACAACGGCUACCGGGAGUGCCUGGCCAAUGGCAGCUGGGCCGCCCGUGUGAACUACUCGGAAUGCCAGGAGAUCCUCAGUGGGGAGAAGAAAAGCAAGGUACACUACCAUGUCGCCGUCAUCAUCAACUACCUGGGCCACUGCGUCUCUCUGGUGGCCCUCCUGGUGGCCUUUGUCCUCUUUCUGCGGCUCAGGAGCAUCCGGUGCCUGCGAAACAUCAUCCAUUGGAACCUCGUCUCGGCCUUCAUCCUGCGCAAUGCCACGUGGUUUGUGGUCCAGCUCACCAUGAGCCCCGAAGUCCACCAGAGCAAUGUGGGCUGGUGCAGGUUGGUGACAGCCGCCUACAACUACUUCCACGUGACCAACUUCUUCUGGAUGUUCGGGGAGGGCUGCUACCUGCACACGGCCAUCGUGCUCACCUACUCCACCGACCGGCUGCGCAAGUGGAUGUUCAUCUGCAUCGGCUGGGGUGUGCCUUUCCCCAUCAUCGUGGCCUGGGCCAUUGGGAAGCUGUACUACGACAAUGAGAAGUGCUGGUUUGGCAAAAGGCCUGGGGUAUACACUGACUACAUCUACCAGGGCCCCAUGAUCUUGGUCCUGCUGAUCAAUUUUAUCUUCCUUUUCAACAUCGUCCGCAUUCUCAUGACCAAACUCCGGGCGUCCACCACAUCUGAGACCAUUCAGUACAGGAAGGCUGUGAAGGCCACUCUGGUGCUGCUUCCCCUCCUGGGCAUCACGUACAUGCUGUUCUUUGUGAACCCCGGGGAGGACGAGGUCUCCCGGGUCGUCUUCAUCUACUUCAACUCCUUCCUAGAAUCCUUCCAGGGGUUCUUCGUGUCUGUAUUCUACUGUUUCCUCAACAGUGAGGUCCGCUCUGCCGUCCGGAAGAGGUGGCACCGAUGGCAGGACAAGCACUCGAUCCGCGCCCGCGUGGCCCGCGCCAUGUCCAUCCCCACCUCCCCGACCCGUGUCAGCUUCCACAGUAUCAAGCCGUCCACGGCCGUCUGAGCUCGAGGGCCGGGGAGGGGAAGACGGUCUCCGGGCUCAGCCAGCCGCCCUGUCUGUGGAGGGGAUCAGCGCCUUCCCACACCCUGCGCCCCCAGAAGCAUCUGGCACGGACAUCCUGGGGGGUCCCCCCUCGCUGAACCCCGAGCUGAGCGGGAGUUCAGCCUAUGAGAGCAGACCCAGUCUGGGCCAGGGGAUGACGGGAAAUAGCCUAUAAAGACUGGGCCGGGCCCACGGCCUCUGGCUCCCCCUUGCCCCAGGCCCCCCUGGAGGCGACAUCAGAAUGGAGUAGAAGUGGCCAGGUGGAAAUCCAAAGCAGCACACGGGUCCCUCCAAAAGGUGUCUUCUCCCACGGCACAAGAUGUCAGCCCACUGGAGACCUGGGGCCUGUCCUCGCUGCCAGGGGCAUCAUGGGAAACUCUUGUGACAGCAUCCCAACCACCAUGAUGGCGCCUCUGGGUGUUGGCAAUGCCUUCCAAUACCGAUGGGAACCAGGGCAGAAGCCCUGGCAAUGUCAUUAUAGAUCAGGUGACAUCAUCAGGCAAACGGCCGCGCCACUGGAAUCCUCCCCAGCCACCGAAACUUCAUCUGGCCCUGUGGCACUUCCAGCAGAAAAGCCCUGCCUUGCUGCCUUGCACCGUUGGAACUUUACUGCCCCGCAGGCCACUCAGGCUCCCCCUCCUUGGCCACACAUAAUAUUUGCACCCUGAUUUCUGCACCUCCUGUCCCUGGUGUCUCCCCCUCUGUGGAAAGACGGGGGUGGGAGGGUGACCGCGUGGCUGGUGAGCAAGAGCCAGGGUGUGCCCCGGCCAAAGCCAGUCUCCUCAUCAGGGGACAGAGGCUACCCAGGGCCACCCUGCCACUGGCUUCAGUGGUCUGGCCCUGGGGACGGCCUCUCUGCUGGUCACAGGGAGUUUGUGGCCCCCGGAUGUCCUCUGGGGCAUCGUGACUAGCUAAGCAAAGAUAGAAGGGGCAGGGCACUUGGUCUCUCUCUGCCUGAGCAUCCUGGAGCAGGACAGGUGACUCUUGGGGCAACCAGCCAGCCCCUACUGGACCCUCCCGUGUCUAGAGGUACCGGGCCACUAGAGCAGAGCUUUGGGAGAUAAGGGUGUCAGCUGUGAGGGCAUGGCUGCUGUAAAUAAUAAUAUUUAUCUUUUCUACCA